GCCGGGAAGGGGAUACGUGCCUUAAGCAAAGUCCAGGGCGUUGAGGAUGGCUUCUCCGAGAGUGUUCCCACUUUCCUGUGCCGUUCAGCAGUAUGCCUGGGGGAAGAUGGGGUCCAGCAGUGAAGUAGCACAGCUGCUGGCCAGCAGUGACCCACUGGCCCGGAUUUCAGAGGACAAGCCCUAUGCAGAGGAGCUGGCAGAGAAGCUGCACCUUCAGGCUCCACAGCACUAUCCUGAUGCCAACCACAAACCAGAGAUGGCCAUUGCCCUCACUCCUUUCCAGGGCUUAUGUGGCUUCCGGCCAGUGGAGGAGAUUGUAACCUUUCUGAAGAAGGUGCCUGAAUUCCAGUUUCUGGUUGGAGAUAAUGCAGCAACACAGCUGAAGCAGAGCAUGAACCGUGACUCUCAGGCUGUAGCCUCUGCUCUGCAGAACUGUUUUUCCCACCUGAUGAAGAGUGAGAAGAAGGUGGUGGUGGAGCAGCUCAACCUGUUGGUGAAGCGGAUAUCCCAGCAAGUGGCUGCUGGAAACAACGUGGAGGAUAUCUAUGGUGAGCUUUUGCUGCAGCUGCACCAGCAGUACCCAGGAGAUAUCGGUUGUUUUGCCAUCUACUUCCUGAACCUGCUUACCCUGAAGCCGGGGGAGGCCAUGUUUCUGGGGGCCAAUGUGCCCCAUGCCUACCUGAAAGGAGACUGUGUGGAGUGCAUGGCAUGUUCAGACAACACAGUGCGUGCUGGCCUGACACCCAAGUUCAUCGAUGUGCCCACUCUGUGUGAAAUGCUCAACUAUACUCCCAGCACCAGCAAGGACAGGAUCUUUCUGCCAACACGGAGUCAGGAAGACCCCUACCUCUCCAUCUAUGACCCUCCUGUGCCAGACUUUACCAUUAUGAAGAUGGAGGUCCCUGGCUCCAUGACUGAAUACAAGGUCUUGGCACUAGACUCUGCCAGCAUCCUACUGAUGGUGCAUGGGACAGUGACAGCCAGCACACCCACAGCCCAGACAACAAUCCACCUACAGCGUGGCGGGGUCCUCUUCAUUGGGGCCAAUGAGAGUGUCUCACUGAAGCUUACAGAGCCUAAGGACCUGCUGAUAUUCCGUGCCUGCUGCCUGUUGUAGAGGCUGCAGCCUCCUUAGCUGUCCUCUGCCAGUCACCCCCAAAUCCCAGCCAACUACUUCCUCAGGCCCAGCCCAAGCCCCUUUCCCUUAUCUGGACUCCCCAGGUACUUCCUGGAAGAGUGAGCUUGUAGGUAGUGACACCCAAGUAUGCCUAGGCUGAACCCUCUUCUGUGGGGAGGAGGGACCCAUGUGAGGGGCCUGAGGACUCCUUGUACCUCCUGUCACUCACUGCUUGCCACAUCUGACCUAGGCUCUUGCCAACUCCAAAAGCAGCAGCUCUGCUCUAGCUGUAGUGCUAGGCUAUCUGCGAAACCUGUGACCCAGUAUUAGCAUGUCAGAGCAAGAGACAGGUAAUUUCUAAGGACAGGGUUCUUGCCCCAGGACUGCCCCUUUCCUAGGCUGCAGAGAAGACUAAUGUGACUUAAAUUUCUUGCUCUGUCAAAGCAAUUAAAGGUUGCUUGUGUUGUGGCUGUCGGGUAAAAAUA